UAAAAAGAAAAUUUCUGGCACGGUCGAAACGCCGGAGAGCCUGCGAAGCGUGAAUUGCCGACGGGAAGCUUCAACCAAUUGUGACAUGGAGAAGGCAUUAUCAAAAACCUUCAGGUCGCUCAAACCCCAUUCACAUUGCAAUCCCAAUUCACUCAAAAAUUCAUCGACAAAACCCCGAGAAAAUUUGCCUCCAAACAAGCCUUCGUCAUCCGAAUCGCCUCCAGCUUCAAGAGCAUCGUCCUCGAAUCCCUGGGUUGUAUAUCUAAUCCUCUCCACCAAUCACCCAGUCAGAACCUAUGUUGGCGUUACCAAUAAUUUCUCUCGCCGAUUAAAACAACACAAUGGUGAAGUGAAAGGCGGUGCAAAAUCAUCCCGAGCAGGAAGGCCCUGGAUUUGUGCUUGUCUUAUUGAGGGAUUCGAUGAUAAGAGCCAUGCUUACUCAUUUGAAGCAAAAUGGAAGAUCUCUUCUAGAAAAUUAUCGCAAAAAAGAAGCGGCACGAAUCAGGAGCAAACAGAAAAUCCACCUCUCUUGCUAUUACGGCGCAGAUAUGCUUCUCUAAACAAAGUCAAGUGCUCGAAUGAUUGUAACCAUUUGGAAGUCAACUGGUGUGUGGAUCCUCUAUGAUCAAUCAACUGUAAUUUGCCCGCUGGCGAUUGUUGUCUCGGAAAUGUUUGGAACAGGAGAGCUUGGAAAAUUCAGCAACUCUCUACCAAUUUUUUGUGAUCAACUUCUGUAUUUGCUGUUGUGAUUGUAAUUAUUGAGCAAUGUGGCUUCAAUCCUCCAUAUGAUCAGCAUUUUUUGUUCCGAAGGCAUCCAAGAACAUCGAAGAUUGUGUGGUGCUGAAACAAUAAAGACUCGGGAGGUGAAAUACUCUUUCGUCUUGUUGUUUAUUAAUUUUUAUAAAAAAAUCACGAUAAUUCGGUAGUAAAGAAACUAGAUCUCCGAUAAAGGUUUUAAAAAAAAAAAAAAAAAUCAGGUAUCAAUUUUUGUUGUCUUCUAUUCAUCGUAUUAUCCAUAUGCAUCGUAUGGUAUGAUUAACAUUUGAUUGGUUUAUUGGGAUCUCAUACAUCUCCCUGAGUAAUAUUCUAUUAUUAGAGGAAUUCAUUGGAAACUUUUAUCAGUAAAAAUCAAUUAAUCAAGAUUUUAUUUUGUUUAAUCUUAAACUUCACUGGACUGACUUAUAAUUGAAGAUAAAAGCUGCCAAAUCAUUUAAAUUAUGUUUUAAGAAUUGUAUAAUGACUCAGUUGAAUAUCUAAGUGACAUUUGCUAUUUCUUUAACUCAAAGAUAACUAACAAAAAUGCAGUGAUUUUUCACGAAUUAAACGACCAAUAGAAGAACAAGCAAAAUGUAUAUAAUUGACUCUAAAAGCAGAUAAUAUCCACACAAAAAAAUAGAAAAAUCAAAAUAAAAAUAAAAAAAUAAAAAUGUAUAUAUAUUGAUAUUAAUAUUUAUUGUAGCAUAUGAUAACUUGACGCGCAGGGAAUCUCCAUUGGGCCCAAAAUUGAAAGAUAAGUAAGUUAUUGUCUCAUCCUAUUAUUCAUUGCAUGUGACAAUUUUUGACUUAUUAUAUUUUGGUCUCAUUAUUUUCACUAAUUCGGUCUCAGUCCAUCUUUUGUUUUUCCGCAGGCACCAAUGCCAAUUGCCAAGUAUGUGAAGCAAAUUACAGUUACAUAUAUUGUGGAGUA